UCUUUCACCCUUCCCCCCCUCGAAUCCUGUAGGUCCGCGGCUUCUCGUGGGAGGACUGCGGCGGCGGGAAGGAUCCUGUCGUACUCCAGAGUCUCUCCAUCACCCCGGACCCCAUCACCAUCCCAGGGAACGUGAAAGUCAGCGCGGGCGUCACCAGCUCAGCUCUCAUGACCUCGCCUCUGAAGGGGGUCUUAACUGUGGAGAAGAAGCUGGGCGAGAUAUGGAUACAGAUCCCUUGCAUCGACCAGCUGGGCAGCUGCACAUACGAAGACCUCUGCAGCAUCCUGGAUGACAUUAUCCCCCCUGGCCAGCUGUGCCCGGAGCCCCUGGUCACCUAUGGCAUCCCCUGCCACUGCCCCUUCAAAGCAGGCUCCUACUCGCUGCCCAGCAGCGACUUCGCCUUGCCCGACAUAGAGCUGCCCUCGUGGCUGACCAACGGCAACUACCGCAUCCGGGGCGUCGUGAGCUAUGGCGGCAAGGAGCUCUCCUGCGUCCGGCUGGAGCUAUCCAUCCACUCUGACUGAGGGUGGGCGGCCGCGGCUGACCCUGAGCUGUCUCCCCUGCUGCUGCCGCCAUCCCUCCUUCCUGCUCCCUGUCCCUGGAGCCACGCUGGGGGUGUACAGCAGGGCAGCUGCCCACCACAGAGCAAAGCGUCCUGCCUCCCCGUCCCCCGGGGUGCCAGCCACCGGUGCCCCGUUCAGCUCCCUGUACCAGCUUUGGGCCUGACCCAGUGUCCCCUGGAGCCAGUAGAAAGACCUAGGCCAGACCCCCCCAUUUCAGAGGACUUUGGACCAGGCUCUUGAAUCCCAGCAGGGCAGCGGGGUGGACAGCCAGGCUCUUCCUACUCUGCUGCCUUCAGCCUGCGGAGAUCUGCUGAGUCCUAAUCCCAUGCACGAGGCUUCCCAGGCGUGGAGCUACCUUCCAGGCCACCUCCCCAUCCCCAGCCCCCCACCAGAGCAAAGGCAGCUGUAAGGAGGCCUGAUGAAGUAGACGCUCCACGCCUGCUAGCAAUUAAACCACUUUCCUAACACCGUAAACGCUGCAUGCGUCUUCCUCCUCCCUCCAGCCAGGAAUAGCAGCAGCCGUCCAGCUUGCUGAAGUAAAACAAAACGGGCCUUCAGACCCUUUUGCGCACUUCAGCAGGAGCUGGGCCGAGCAUUGUAAUAGUCAUUCUUAAUGGAUAAAUCAGGGAUACAGGCCACGCUCGGGGCCUGCGGGACCAGCAGCCAGUCUGUUCUGCGGUGGUCCUUCCUGAGUCAGCCGCAGCAUGGAGCCUGUCUCCGCAGGUAGCUCCAAGAGCUGCGACAUCCUGUAACCUUCUCCAACGGGACUGAGCCAGGGCAGAUCCAGUCCAAAAACAGCAUUGCUGGCUGUGAGGGGGAUCAAGCAGGCGGGCUGGGCUUGGCCUGCCAGUGCAAUGGACCAUCGACUGCAUGGAUGUGGCCUCUCGCUGGAGGAGAGAGACUGAGAAACAAGUGCCACAUUCCCUCCUCCCCCCACGGGACCAAGAGACUCGCUCUGCUGACAGAGGGAGAUCGGCUUCUGCAGUGCAGAUGUUUGCCUCUGGACGGGAAGGCAGUACCUGCUUCCCGAGCACGCUGAGACGUGUUUGCUUAUGGAGCUGGCCCUUGGAUGUGCGCGGGAGACGUGCCACAGCGGCCACACACCCUCUCCUCUUAUCCUGUGCCCUCAGCUCGCACCCUGCCCUGGGGUUGUGCAACGCAAGGAAGCAUGAGAUGCUAUCACCAUGCCUUCAAGUCCCCAUGCCGUAACCACCGUGUGUCCUGGUCUGGGUCAGGGCUGUGUCGUACUUGCAACUGAAGGGCGGAUCUGCCUCCCAACACUUUGCAAGCCUUCAUGUCUGUACACCAAGACCUUUAACAACUACCUUCCCGCUUCCUGAGCUUGAUGCCUAACAGCCUCCCAAAUGCCAUGCUAACCCUCUUGCCCACAGUCUCAUUGGUGUUUUCCUUGCGGGGUUUAAUGUGAGGAAAGCCGCUGCCCUUAGUGGUAAGUUUUAAUAAAUCUUUUUACCUAGAACGC